GAUUAGGAAGCUUAAAGACAAUGACCAUUUUCAAACCAUUUUCAAACAAGUUACCUUUUGCAAUAACCAUCAUUUUGUCGCGUCCUGGCACUACAAUUCCUCUUCAUUCACCGUAUGGCCUUCUGUCUCUCUGAUAGUGCCGAACCCGCAUUCCGCUUUCUUGUUGUCUCCGGAGAAAAGCUCUGAUGGAAGAAUUUCCGUAGCAUCCCCAAUUCGUUCGAGGGAAAAAGGAAGCUUUUUAUUAUUAUUAUUAUUAAAUUCAACUUCUUUAGAGUAAGUUGCAGAUAAUUUCAAUACACGAAUUCAAAUUUAUGGUUUUUUUUUUUUUUUUUCUGUGUGUGUAUGAACCCUGUUUUUGAUAUUCAAAUGGGAAAAGGGUGCAUUGUUUAAGAAUACCCAGAUAGUUUUAUGUUGAAAAAUGAUUGGGAUCUUUUUGGUUUUGGGUUUUCAUGGUAGAAAUUAGAAUCCUUUUGUGGGUUUAUUUUGUUGUUUCCAAUGUGAAAAGGGUGCACUGUAUAUAUGAUAUUAGCAUUCUAUGGAUCUUUAAUAUGGUUUGAGCAAGGGAUUGAUUUCUUGAUUUGGAUGGUAUGGUUGGGUGUGCGGGAGUGGCAGGAUUGCUAUUUUCAAAAUCUGAGCCUGAUGACUUGGAGGCCUUCUAUCCUGUCAGACCUGAAUGCCUGCCGGACAUCCCAAAGACCCGCUUUAAGCCUAGGGCAGGGAAAACUCUCAGUGCUAGGAGAUGGCAUGCUGCAUUCUCAGAAGAUGGUCAUCUGGAUAUAGCAAAAGUGCUUAGACGGAUCCAACGAGGGGGUAUUCACCCUUCAAUUAAAGGGUUAGUCUGGGAGUUCUUGUUAGGCUGCUUUGACCCAAACAGUACCUUUGAAGAACGGAAUCAGCUUAGGCAAAGUAGAAGGGAGCGAUAUGGUAUGUGGAAAACUGAAUGUCAGAAUAUGGUUCCUGUUAUUGGUAGCGGAAAGGUCAUUACAUCAGCUGUCAUUACUGAUGAUGGUCAACCAAUAGAAGAUGACAAACAAGGUGAUAGCUGGCAUGUAACAAGUGCUGUCUCAGACAAGAAAGUGGCAACUUGGAUGCUUUCCUUGCACCAAAUCGGUCUAGAUGUUGUUCGCACAGAUCGAGCACUUACCUUUUAUGAGAAUGGAGCUAAUCAGGCAAAACUUUGGGAUAUUCUUGCUAUUUAUUCGUGGGUGGACAGCGAUAUUGGUUAUGUUCAGGGAAUGAAUGAUAUCUGCUCUCCAAUGGUAAUUCUUCUAGAAAAUGAAGCAGAUGCAUAUUGGUGUUUUGAACAUGCAAUGCGGAGAAUGAGAGAAAAUUUUAGGUGCAGUUCAAGUUCAAUAGGGGUGCAAACUCAGCUUAAUGUUCUCUCACAAGUAAUUAAAACUGUUGAUCCUAAGCUUCACCGACAUCUCGAGGAUCUAGAUGGUGGGGAGUAUUUGUUUGCAUUUCGUAUGCUGAUGGUACUUUUCCGGCGAGAGUUUUCCUUUGUUGAUUCUUUGUAUCUAUGGGAGCUUAUAUGGGCCAUGGAGUACAACCCUAAUAUCUUUUCAACAUAUGAGGAGCCUAGUUCAAGUUUAGAAAGCAGCUCUGCACCUAAAAUGAACGACAAGCAGCUGAAACAGUACGGAAAAUUUGAAAGAACAAAUGUGAAGGCCAGAAAUACAUCUAAUCACCAGGGUGCUGCCCUAGCCAUUUUUCUUGCUGCUGGUGUUCUUGAGACCAAGAAUAAGAAACUUAUGAAGGAGGCCAAGGGUCUUGAUGAUGUUGUAAAGAUAUUGGGUGACAUUACCGGAAAUUUAGAUGCUAAAAAGGCAUGCGAGGAGGCAUUGAAGCUUCAAAAGAAGUACCUGAAUAAGACGAAGAAGCCAUAACUGAAGAUAACUAAAGAUCUAUAUGUUUGCUGGGUUUCUGCAUUGAAAGAUUUGUUGUCAUUAGCAACAGAUGCAAAUUGCCAAGGUUUUGAGCUCGAAUUAUUUUUGCUGGAUUUUUUUUUUAUGUAAAAUAAUUCUCUUCAGCAUCAUGUACAUGUCCUUAUUAAGACCAUUCUUGAAAAUCAGAAUCAUUUUUGUAUGUUAUAAGAUUUUGAAAUGAAAGUACUUUCAGCUA